UGACAUGACCCACUUCCACGCUGAAAUGAAUGGAACACUGUCCCAUGUUUCUAUACUACGUUGUACCAUACUCUUGUUAAUUUGUUACUAUUAUCAUAUCAUACAAUACAACAACCACCCAAAGUACAAUAAUUAAUUGAAUUGUUGUGUGUUUCUUGUAUUGUAUUGUAUUCUAUGUAUGAAUGAAUUAUGGAUCACAAUUCACUUUCUCCAUCUCCUUGAAAAAAGCACUUCAUUUUGCCUCAUAUUCCGUCCAUUUUUCUCACACAAAUACCAAAUAUUUUUAUACAAUCAUAUACCAAUACCAUAUGGCAAAAGAUCAAAACCAGGGAUUGGAAUUUGAAAGUGACGAAGCUGAAUCUGAGAUUGAGGUUCCAUUGCCUCUCACAGAAACUUCUCGGCUUUUUGACAUUGUUUGUGGAAUGGUGGAAAUGGGCAAUGCAGGCUUUGUAUAUGUUAGGAGAUAUAACUGCAGGGCCAUCGUUUAGGUUCACACAAUGGCUUCAAUUGGUUCGUAAACGCACUUCAAAGUAUCGAUCCUCUGGCUUCCCUCGUAGUCCUUCAACCAACAUGCCUUUUAAUUAUAUAGAAUCGAUUGAGGAUCCAAAAUGUGAUAAACACCCAGAUCAGACAGAAAUUAGCUUGUGGGAGAGGCUUGGUAAAGCUGAAAUGUUGGAUGUUGAAUCAAGCUCCAUUUCUUGGGAUGGGCUCUCUUCCCUGCACCAUACUGAGCACGGCAGUAGCAACGAAUAUUCUGAGGAUGAAAUGAAUAAAGCUCUUGAGGUAACCGUGAAUUCUGGAGGUGUUGUCUUCUUUGCCUUUUUCAAUUGUCAAGGGAGUGUUGAUGCUUCUCCAAAAGAGGCAGCAGCUGUUAUAAAAAUAGCAUCAUCAAGAAUGGCAACGCAAUCUGAACGUCUCGGAUAUGAAUUGGCUAAGUGGCUGGGAAUCCAAACUCCGCAGGCUAGAGUCAUUCACAAUACCAGUUCAGAAUGGCAACAAAUAAAGGAAGCUACAGAAAAAGCUAGAGAAGCGGCGGCAAAUUCUGAGGAUGAUGAAGCUGGUGAAGUGACGUGUUUUGAACUUUUGGAAGCACUUGAGCUUAGCCGAUGUUUGUUUUUAAUGAGUUAUGUUCAUGGUUCGCCUUUGCUUGAAAACACUAGUGCCUUUGAGUCACGGGAAUCUGCAGAAAAAACAUCAGAAGCUCUUGGCAAGGUAUUGAUGCUGGACUUGGUCAUCCGAAAUGAAGAUAGGCUCCCUUGCCGUGAGCUUAGGUGGCGCGGGAAUUCUGCAAAUUUGUUGUUGGCUGAAAAGAUGAUCUCCGCAAAUACAAAUACACUACAAGCAGCUUUGGAUUCAGCAAUUAAUCGAUAUAGACCAAAGGUGAUUAAGGCACUUCAAAAAGAAAGAAGGUCAAGUUCAGUAGAUUGCAGAUUGAAUUCCCAUAAUCCUGGCUUGAUAUCACAAGCCUCUGAUCUUUCAGAGGCCAUGGAAUCACCAAGAUCCACUGACAUGAGCCUUAAAAGUCAAACAUCGGGAGAAUCAAUGUCUUCUGACCUUAACCUUGUAGUCAUUGAUUCUGGUGUUCCUCGGCGACCCCCAGCUGGAAAACGUGCAAAUGAUCAGGUUAAUUAUCCUAAGUUGGUUGAGUUGCUGAUCAAUAGUUCUGAGUAUGCAUCAAACUUGUUACAUGAUAUAACCGGAGGGAAAUUAGGAUCUCAUCUACCAGAAGACAUGGAUACAAGUGAAAUAUAUGCAAGUGAAGUAACAUCAGCAGUUCAUGCAUUCCGCACUGGUUUCCGAGAUGCUCUUAGGGAUCUACAGGGAUUCCAUAUAUUCCUACUCACCCUUCACCAAAGACUUGAUACCUUGUUACGAUUAUUUAUGAAUAUUAUAAGCAAAAUAUCUUCAGCAGAACCUGACAAAGAGAACUCAUUGGUUCCUGACUCGCCUUCACUAGCUGGUGGUGGUAUUUUUUCCUCUCCAACAAGUAAGGAGAGGCAUGCUAACGAUAACAAUCAAGAUUUUACUGAUUCAGAAUCACAGAGAACUACUUCAAGGACAUUGUCUUCUUGUAAUAGAGAUUGUGGUGACUCGACUCCUGCGUCAAGAGAAAAUUGGCAUGGAAAGUUAUACAAAGGAAAUGGGGAGCCACAUCGUAAUCUCCGUUUGACUGCUAAGCUCCGUGACUUCAAUAAAUUUGCGAAGGUUGAUGCUGAAUCUAAUAAAGAAUUGGAGCAAUGGAAUGAAAUGCUUAAAAAUGACGCCAUCAAGCUAUGCCAAGAGAACAACUUUAAUACCGGAUUCUUCGAGGGUAGUGAUAAUAACAGUGUCGUUGACGCAUAUGAGCUAAAGGUCAGACUUGAGCAUAUUCUUGAGAGAAUUGCAUUGAUAUCUGAUGCUGCAAGUACAGAGAAACCAUCUGCUGUUACAAGCUGUCUGUUUAUUGGUGGGGCACUGGCUGCAAGAUCUGUAUACACUCUGCAAUACUUAGGAAUCACGCAUAUUUUGUGUUUGUGUACAAAUGAAAUCGGACAAUCUGAAACUCAAUUUCCUGAUCAAUUUGAAUACAAAAAUUUAUCUGUGUUUGACAGUGAAGAUUUUAACAUCACCACCAUAUUUGAAGAAGCGUGUGAUUUUAUAGAUUGUGUUGAACAAAAAGGUCAGAAGAUUUUAGUCCAUUGCUUUGAAGGGAAAAGCAGAAGUGUUACAGUGGUCCUUGCCUACCUAAUGCUCAGAAAGAAGUAUACUUUAUCAAAAGCAUGGCAAACACUGAAACGAGUUCACCGUCGAGCACAGCCAAAUGAUGGUUUUGCAAAAAUCUUACAAGUAUUGGAUCAGAAACUACACGGGAAGGUUUCAAUGGAAUGGCAGCAGAGAAAACCAACGAUGAAAGUUUGUCCCAUCUGUGGGAAAAAUGCUGGGCUAAGCAGCAGCUCACUUAAGCUACACCUGCAGAAAUCGCAUAGAAAGCUAUCAUCUGGUAGUGUAGAUAGUGCCAUGACAAUGGAGAUCCAAAAGGCAUUAACAGCUUUGAAGAUUAGUCGUGGUGGGAGUGUCAGCCCCACACAAAGGUCUUCUCAUUCAAUAAUAGAUCCGUAGAAACUACUAAUUGUUAUGAAGAAGCCAAAGGCGUGAAAUGCCUGUCUUUAACUGUCUUCGUGUAGUUUCUCUUCGUAGUUUGAAAGUAGGUCCGACGGCUGCAGGCGGUCCCUAUUUGUUGAUAUGUUCAUCGGAAGUUUGAAACUCUUUGCAUGAGAGUUAUCGUAAUCAAAUUAACAUUACAGGCCAA